AUGUUGAGAUAUUCCAUUGAGUUUGAGAACAAAAAAAAACAAGCAGAAUUGGAAUUUGAGUCAUGCAAAGAUAAGAAUCUUUUGAAGGAAAAAGUCAUUUCACUACGAAAGGAAUUGGAUGAUUCCAGUUCUGAUAUACCAAAAUAUGAUGCAGAACGCUAUUCUAACGAUAUUGAUAAAUUGUUGAAGAAAAUUAACUGCGCAUUACGUCUUGAAAGUAAUGGUGCUAGAAAGAUUGACUUUAGAAAUAAAUUAUCAUUAUCAAAAAUGAAAAAUGAAAGGAAAAUUGUCAAACCAACUUUAUCACCACAAGAAGAACCUGUUAAAAAUGAAGAUUUUUCUGUUGGACAAGAUAUACUGUUGAAUGGAAGUUCAAAUUUUGUAAAUAAUUUACUGAAUUGUGCUGCAUUCAUCGAAGAUAAUUCAGAUGUAAUCGAGUAUGGAGCCUUAUCAUUUCAAAAUAUUAAAAAUUCAAUAAUAAAUUUGAACCCUAUAUCUUUCAUGAAUGGAAGUGUAAUAUUCAAGAAUUGUAAUGAUUCAGUGAUCAUAAUAAAAUUACCUUCGGCAAAUUCAAUUCAAGUCAGACUUCAUAGUUUAAACUCAUGUAGAUUAUACUUCAAUUUGCCUGAAAAUAAUUCUCAAGCUCCACAGAACGUAGUAAUUGAAAAUUGCGAUGAUUGUAUUAUACAUACUGAUUCAAAGGAUCUAAUAAAUGUCCAGAAUUUUAGCAACUUAGGCUUUCAUACGGAAAAAGAUUCAAGUUACACUUUUGGAGAUUUCGAUUUACGUGACUUAGAUACAUUAAAAUUAAAACAGAAGUACAUAAAAGUUUGA